AUGGCGGCGUGCACAGCCGGAUGCCUGUGCUAUACGCGGUGGCCAUCCGGAAAGCCCCUGCGCCUGGCCAAAAACGACAUCAACGAGGCUGUCGCGCUGCUCACCAACGAAAGCCCGGGACUCGGAUACGGCUACGAGCCGAUGGAAAGCGGCCCUUCCCCGGGCUCCGGCCUCAGCGGAGACGGCGAGAGCAGCGGGCGCACGGGCACCGGAGGGUUUGAUCCUCCGCCUGCGUAUCACGAUGUCGUGGAAAGUGAGAGGACUAAUGAUGAGAACGGGAACUGUUCUGGGAACAGUAUAGAGUUUCCCACCACUAAUCUGUAUGAGCUGGAGAGCAGAGUGUUCACUGAUCACUGGUCCAUCCCAUACAAGAGAGAGGAAUCACUCGGCAAGUGCCUCGUCGCCUCCACCUGCCUGGCCAGACUGGGCCUGGCUGAUGCAGAUGAGAACUGUAAGAGGUUCAUUGACCGCUGCAUGCCUGAAGCCUUCAAAAAGUUGCUGAUGUCCAGUGCGGUGCACAAGUGGGGAACAGAGAUUCAUGAGGGUAUCUACAACAUGCUGAUGCUGCUGGUGGAUCUGGUCGCAGAGAGAGUCAAACAGGAUCCGAUACCCAUUGGCCUUAUGGGAGUUCUCACUAUGGCUUUUAACCCUGAUAACGAGUAUCACUUUAAGAAUCGUAUGAAGGCCUGUCAGAGGAACUGGGCAGAAGUGUUUGGAGAGGACAACAUGUUCGCUGUUUCUCCCAGCUCCAACUACCAGAAGGAACCUCACGGCUGGUUGGUGGACCUAGUGAAUCGGUUUGGAGAGAUGGGCGGCUUCACAGCAAUUCAGUGCAAGCUCCACCAGGAAGAGAUAGAGAUUGGGUGUAUAUCAGCUCUGGUUCAGCCGCUCGGUGUAUGUGCAGAAUACCUCAACUCAAGCCUGGUGCAGCCCAUGCUGGACCCAGUCAUCCAUAAGAUGAUAACAUAUGUGCAGAACCUGGAGGAGAAAGACCUGAAAGACAAGCGUUUGGUGAGUAUUCCAGAGCUCUUGUCGGCCAUUAAGCUUCUGUGCAUGCGUUUCCAGCGGGAGCUGGUGAACGUGGUGGAUGACCUUCGGCUGGACAUCCUUCUUCGAAUGCUCAAGACGCCCCACUUCAGUGCCAAGAUGAACUCCCUCAAAGAGGUCACGAAACUCAUUGAGGAAAGCACAGUUUCCAAGACUGUGAAGAAUGCCAUUGACACAGACCGACUCCUGGACUGGCUUGUAGAAAACUCAGUACUGUCAAUAGCAUUGGAAGGAAACAUUGACCAGGCCCAGUACUGUGACAGAAUAAAGGGAAUCAUUGAGCUUUUGGGCAGUAAACUAUCAUUGGAUGAACUCUCCAAAAUAUGGAAAAUACAGGCUGGUCAGUCCUCCACUGUGAUAGAGAACAUCCACGCCAUCAUCGCCGCUGCUGCCGUCAAGUUCAACUUUGACCAGCUCAGCCACCUCUUCGUCCUCAUACAGAAGAGCUGGGAGGUGGAGAGUGAUCGCGUGAGACAAAAGCUUCUGAGUCUGAUUGGACGGAUCGGCAGGGAGGCUCGCUCUGAGGCUACCACAGGAAAGGUGUUGGAGGUGUUGUGGGAGUUGGCACAUCUCCCCACCCUUCCUACCACUUCUAGUGCAGCAGGCGCUGGAAGAACACCUGGCCAUCCUCAGCGACGCAUACGCCGUCAAAGAAACCAUUCAAGAGGAACUACAUCAUCAAAUGCAUCCGAGGACAUCAAGAAGAUGCAAAUACAGGAGGAUGCAAAGUCUUCCAGCGAGACACAGGUCUCUUUUCUUACUGGCACCUGGGGCAAGAAGAAACCUGAGCUCAUUGGCUAA